AUGCUGAUGAAUGCCUUAAAAAAUAUAUAUUUUGGAAAGCUGUUGCACAACACGGAAUAUUACCCAGAUGUGCUCUUUUAUUUCACCGUCCCCCAGAUCUGGGUUUCAGCCCGUGCUUCCCCCGGGCUGAAUCGAGGGCUUCUCGGAAAGGCAUCUCCCUCCUGCACCGAGCCACAGAGAGGGGGGCCAAGGCGAGACGGACAGGUGGGCCAUCCUAGCCAUCAUCAGAGCAACCCGUGCCAAGAAACCCAGCGGGGCGAGAUGGAGAACGAGAAAAAAGGCAGCAGCGCGUCGUCGGAAGGCAGGGGCCAAGGCAAGCAUCCCAACAUGUCUCCGGUGACUCUCAACGUGGGGGGCUACCUCUACGUUACGCAGAGGCAAACGCUCACCAAAUACACGGACUCCUUUUUGGAAAGAGUGGUCAACGGGAGAAGCCCGUGCCCGUCAGACGCGGAGGGCCACUUCUUCGUCGACAGAGACGGUCUCCUCUUCAGGCAUGUCCUGAACUUCCUGAGGAACGGGGAGCUGCUCCUCCCCGAGGGCUUUAAGGAAAACCAACUGCUGGCCCAGGAGGCCGAAUUUUUCCAGCUUCCCCUCCUGGGGGAGGCGGUGAAAGCCAAGUGGGAGAAGGAGCAGCUGGCAUCCCGGGAGGCCACCUUCCUGGAGAUCACCGACAGCCACGACCGGGCCCAGGGCCUGAGGAUUUUCUGCAACGCGCCCGAUUUCAUCGCCAAAAUCAAAUCGCGCAUUGUUUUGGUCUCCAAAAGCCGGCUGGACGGUUUCCCCGAAGAGUUCUCCGUCUCUUCCAACAUCAUCCAGUUCAAAUACUUCAUCAAGUCGGAGAACGGGACUCGGCUGGUUCUGAAGGAAGACAACACUUUCGUCUGCACCUUGGAGACGCUCAAGUUCGAAGCCAUCAUGAUGGCGCUCAAGUGCGGCUUCCGACUGCUGACCAGCCUGGAUUGCUCCAAAGGGUCGAUUGUUCACAGCGAUGCCCUCCACUUCAUCAAGUAA